CCCUGCUGUAACCCCUUUCCUGCACUUCCUCAUCACCUGACCUCCCUGCCUAUCUGCACACCUGUUCCCACUUUACCUCAGCAGCCCUGUCAGCAGAUACACCAGUCCAUCUCCACUCAGUCCUUGCCAGAUUGUCUCCUGUGCUUCUAUUUUAGCUUUCCAGCCUGAUCAUCAGACCUCUGCCCCUCAGUCUGACCCCUUUUUAGAUAAGUUUGCCCGUUUCAGUCUGACUGCCUGGUUUUGACUUCUGCUUUUUUAUUUUAUUUUUUUUAGACCACCAGUAAAUGUGAAAUUGUAUCAUCCUGCUGGUCUCUGAGUCAUGCACCUGGGUUCAAACCUGUCUCUGGACUGAGGCAUUACAGUGAGCAAUAUGGGAACUUCUCUGUGAUUUCCUUCCUGUGAGGAGAUGAUAACAGUAUCUACAGUUGAAAUUGUGUGCUGACACCUUCUUUGACACUGGUGGGAGCUUCCUGCAGAACUUGCACCUGACUCAAAAACGGUAUCUGAGAUACAUAUCCUGAAGUGUCAUUAGAGCGGAUCGAAGAGCCACAGCCCCACCAGCAACUGUAUUUCCCAGGAGCACAGGUGGUUACACAAAAAGAUCUUCACUCAGGCGUCAGACUCAACACAAAUCGAGUGAUGGAUGUGCUUUGAAAGUGUGACAGAGUGAUGGUGGCAGGCUGAGCCCAGUGAUGUGAGUGGACCAGUAAAGAUGACCCUGUUGGCGGGCGAUGGCUCCGACUAUGACUACAGUGCCCUGAGCUGUGCCUCUGAUUCCUCCCUCAACCCACCUCCCCUGCAUGAGGAGGAGGCUCAAAAGGGGGCCUUCUACAACCGGGCGCAGCGUGCCCCUGAGCUCAGCUCCCUCCAGGACGACACACCUCUGUCCAGCGCCCGCAAACUCCACGCCAUCAUCAAUGUGGGUGGCCUGCGCUACCAGCUCCCCUGGACCACCCUAGAGGACUUCCCCCUGUCUCGCCUGGGCCAGCUGCACCUCUGCAGCAGCUUUGAUGAGAUCAUGCGCAUCUGCGAUGACUAUGAUGUCACGCACAAUGAGUUCUUCUUCGACCGCAGCCCCUGUGCCUUCCGCACCAUCCUGACCUACCUGCGUGCGGGGAAGCUGCGGUCCCUCAGGGAGAUGUGCGCCCUGUCCUUCAGGGAGGAGCUGCUCUACUGGGGGGUCCCUGAGGAGAGCUUGGAGUGGUGCUGUCGCCGGCGACUGCUGCAGCGCGUGGAGGAGUUUGAGGCGAUGGAGAGAGCAGAGGAGGAGGAGGAACUCCUGGAGAAUCUGUUAGAUUCAGACAGUGGCCACAGGGAGCAUGCAGCAGAGUCCAAGCUCAAUCGGUGCAUGAGCAAGCUGAGAGACAUGGUGGAGAGGCCUCACUCGGGCCUGCCGGGGAAGAUCUUUGCUUGCUUGUCAGUGUUGUUUGUCACCAUCACUGCCAUCAACCUAUCCAUCAGCACCAUGCCUGCCAUGAGGGAGGAAGAGGAGGCGGGCACAUGUUCCCAGAUGUGCUACAACAUCUUCAUAGUGGAGACGGUGUGCGUGGCCUGGUUCUCCCUGGAGUUCACCCUGCGCUUCAUCCAGGACCGCAGCAAGCUGGCCUUCCUCCGGCAGCCCCUGAACCUGAUAGACGUGGUGGCCAUCCUGCCGUACUACAUCACCCUGGUGGUGGACAGCACCUCCAAAGGGGAGAAGCGUCUGGGCUCCGGCAGCAGCUACUUGGACAAAGUGGGCUUGGUGCUGCGCGUCCUGAGAGCCCUGCGUAUCCUGUACGUGAUGCGGCUUGCUCGCCACUCCCUGGGCCUGCAGACUCUGGGCCUGACAGCACGCCGCUGCACACGGGAGUUCGGACUGCUCCUCCUCUUCCUGUGUGUGGCCAUCGCACUGUACUCCCCCUUGCUGUACUUAAUUGAGAAUGAAAUGGCCACCACGCAGGAGUUCACCAGCAUCCCUGCUACCUACUGGUGGGCUGUCAUCACCAUGACGACAGUGGGCUAUGGGGACAUGGUGCCGAGGAGCAUCCCAGGCCAGGUGGUGGCUCUGAGCAGCAUCCUGAGCGGGAUCCUCCUCAUGGCCUUCCCCGUCACCUCCAUCUUCCACACCUUCUCGCGGUCCUACGUGGAGCUGAAGCAGGAGCAGCAGAGGCUGCUGCAGAGGAGGACACACUUCCUGCUGCGGAGCCGCAUUGCUGGCCUGGGCAGCAACCUCUCCUUGGAGAGCGACAUGCUCUUCCCUAUAGGGUCAGACGCCAGAGACUUGGAUGACUGAGACUGUUGGACAGGGAGGGACAUAGAAAAUGGGAGUAGGGCAGAAAGAGAAGAGGAGGGAGGCUACAAAUGAGACUGAAGAGGAGAGUGUGAGAGAGAGAUCCUCUCAGAGGAAAACAGGGGUGAGGAGGAGAGAAUAUAAGGUCUCUAUAAACAAGAUACAGAGAAGAAAAGGAAUUAUUUUUCUUCCCAGAAAUGCAGCCGUGCUGUGUAGCAGUGUACUUUUGGAUAAACAUGACAGAGAGAAGAAGAGGAGAGGAUUAGUAUAAGUAUUAAAUAAAUGUUUCCAUCAAAACUGUAUUAUCUGUGGAUAAAAUGCAUCAAACAUUUGUCACACAAUAUCAAACAGAAGUCCAAUUUACAGGAAGAAAAACAAGAAACCUCAAAGUAUUUGAGUGUAACAAUGAACUAACGUAUUAUUGAAAUACAUUGUAAUUCAGACAUGCAAUAUGUUAUAUCCUCCUGAGACUCAGCUACUGUUUGGCACACAUUUGUAAUGUCCGUAUUGUAAAUUCAAAAUGGCGGAAAAUCUAUAUCACCGGGAGUUAUAGGUUCUUGAGGCAAAUUUGU